AUCAUUAGCAGACACUGAGGGAUCGCUGUGGAGAGUCGUACUGCAACCUCCAUCAUGAACUCUACACACAACUCCAUCUGCUGCAGUUGUGCACUAAAGGUCCAUACACUGAAUCACUUUUGGAUGCUCCUGCUUUGCCUCAUUACUCUGCCCCAGUGGGUAGUGGUGGCUGAGAAUCUCUGUGGCUCUGAGCUGGUGGACACGCUGCAGUUCGUAUGCGGUGAUCGAGGAUUUUACUUCGACAAGAAUUCCGUGAAGCCGAGUACAGGGAUUGUGGAGAGAUGUUGUUUCAAAAGCUGUGACCUGCAGUUGUUGGAAUCAUACUGUGCGACUCCUCAGACGUCAAGGUCCACCCCAAUGUUUGUCACUGCCCGACACCAGGAAGAAAAUUUACAUAAAUCAUACAAAGAGACCUCCAAGUCUGCCCGAUGGAUCUCAAGAAGCAAGCACGUGGUUCAGGACCCGAGCCCAUCCCAGAGUCAGACCUCUUUGAUGGCGCUGUUGAGCAAGUUGCCAAAGAAGGCUCCAGAACCUCAGAGAACGAGGUUAUGAUAGCACUAAGGAAGGAGAGAUGGCAGGAUGCACUCGUUCCUACUGCUCUUUCCUCGUCAAUGUUACUGUGAAUUCAAUGCCAGUGAUUGAAAUCAGAAUGAAGAAGUGAGCUGGAUUGAACCAGUGGUUUUCGUUCAAUAAAACAUUUUGCUCAUCACUUUAGAUCGUGCUGUACUGAAGUGUUUUGCACACUCUCCUCACUCUGCUGCCUCUGCAAUCGUCUCAUGAUCUGGCCUUGAGGAAGAAACUCACAGGACUUCAAAAGGUUCCGUCUCAAAUUGCCCCUGUAGCUGAUAUCUACUUUCACGUGGGCUUUUUCUUGGAAGAAAACAAAGAAAUCUGGACAAAACAUAACUGAAAACCGUACCCACUCGCUAAGUUUCCUCCGGCAACAAGAAGGCUGCAUUUCUGGGGACAAGUUAACUAACAAGGUCAAGUUUAUUGUCAAACAGCAUUAAAAGCAAUGUGCUGUGGAUGCUGGAUAUGAGAACUAUAAACAGAAAGCGCUGAGGAUAGUCAGCAGGUCAGGCAGUAUCAGUGGAGAGAGAGGCAGAGUUAGUUGCUUCUAUGAUCUCCUAUCAGAACUGGUUUAGCCAUCUCAUUCUUUCCUCUCCCUCUCCAAAGAUACUGUCCAACCUGUUGCGUAUUUCCAAUAUUCCUUCUCCCUGUAACCAGAAGUCAAUAUCGGUAAUAAGGGCUCCAUAGCUGGAUAUCUUGAAGUCAAGUGUUUUACCAUAGGGUUCUGUCGAAACCCUAGAUCCAAACAAGAAACAUAGAGGCUGGACAGGGCAGGGGGGCAGUGGCGGGAGAAGGAGGGGAGAGGAAGGUCGCAUUAAAUCCUUUUGUGAAUUUUGCAUAGCCGAGGACCUGGUGUGAAUCUACUCACAAAGCACCGUUCUCUCUAUGAAGUCUUAAGCAAAAUGAAACGAAAUCAGGUGUCGCAUCGGACAGUUCCACAAUGAUCAAAGGUGCACCUUAUUUUAAAGAGGAGAGUUCUGAAAAUUGGUGCUGGUCGAUUCCAGUGAGUAUUGCAGGCGCCCAUUGUGUCUGAUGUCAAACUACCUGUACAUGUAUUUAAUGCCUGUUGACUUAUUUGUAUGUAUUCCAUUGUAAUUUCUUCAGUACCACGUGACAUCAUUACAAUUCUUUCCCAGUAUUACACUGCUACACUACAUUACAGUGUGACACUACCAUAAUCCAUUAAUAUGUUAUGUAACACAGCAUUGCAUCAUUGAUCCGCUGAUUUUCAGUAGUCACAGUGGAUGAUAUGCUUUAUAGACUGAAAGAUUUUCUCAUCUUUAUAUUGUCAAUGUGCAAAGGAAUAAAAAGGAGAUUUCCACUGGUCCGCCAUCAUUUGGGAACCAAAGUUAGAGGCGGAGGUUCAGCACAGUCACUGCUGGAUAAGUAAACUGGUUCAGACCUUAUAUCCCCCAGGGAGAAGUUCCAUCCCACCCACAAGCCAGUGUCAUGGGUACAACCUCAGUGCCCACUUGAUCCUGAACUGGAGUUCAGGCUCCAUUGUCACUCGCCACUCACUAUCCCUUCCACGCUCACCUCAGCCUACUGUCUGCUGAAGCUCCAAUCCGUGCUUCUGUUCUCUCCAUUUCCAGGAUUCUAUGCUCUGCAAUUUCUCCUCUUAGCCACCCAGCCACACUGCCCCUUUCUUCCUUUUGGGAAUGAUCUUACGUUGAACCUAAGCCUUGACCUAGCUUUCUUGUCAGCUGCCCUGCAGUCUGAAGUGGUUUGUGUUAGUUUUUGUGCGACCGGUUUGGGACGUUUCUCUACAAUAAUAUUCCUAUAUAAAUGCAAAGUAGAGUCAUAUUGAGAUACAGCACAGAAACAGGCCCUUCAGCUACCCAAGUCCACCCCAACCAUUAACCACUCAUUUACACCAACCCUGCAUGAAUCCCAUUUUUUUAUUCUCCUGACAUUCCCAUUAACCCCUCCAGAUUCUACCACUCACCUACCCGCUAGGGGCAAUUUACAGUGGCCCAUUAAACCACCGACCCACAUGUCAUUAAGGAAACCGGAACAUCCGGAGGAAACUUGUGGGGGUCACAGGGAGAACGCAUAAACUCCACGUAGACAGUGCCUGAGGUCGGGAUCGAACCCGGGUCUCUGGCACUGUAAGGCAGCAGCUCUACCAGAUGCGCCACUGUGCUACCGUGAACCGAUCAAGUGCAGUGGUAGCUGGGUUAGAUUUUUUUUAAGGGGUAUUUCUUGGUUCCUGUGAUCAGAGGAGGGAAGAAUGGACCCAAAUAGUGUGACUACCUUGGGGUCUAGAUCAUACACAGAUUACAACAUCCAAGCUGGUAUCUUGGCCCAAACAGUCCUUACACUCCAAGUAAAAUAUAAAAUCCCUUCCCAAUUACCCACUCCAUUCCCAUAUCCUAACAUCCAUCGUUCCAUAAUUUUCCCCCCCGAUCAAAUGGAUCUAUUCUCUCUAUAACAUUUCAUACUUAAAACGAAUCAUAAAGCUGUAAUGCCUUUCACUGAAGGAGGAGCCAAAUAAUCUUCCCAUCACUUUUACAACGUCACAAACGACCAGUGAAAAUGUCCUUUAGUCUUGGGAUGGUUUGAGAGUUCUGUUGGAAGAAUUUGUACUGUUAUUUUCUAUUUAUUUAGAAUUCUGUACACUUCAUAAAAUCAAUGCAUUGUACCUCAGCAGCAAGUCAGGGACCCGUGUUCUGAAUUGUUAUUGGACAGAAAAUAAAUUCCUGCAGCAUUUAACAGGCGGUGAAACGUAAAGCGUGAUUGGACUUUCAAUUAGUGUUGCAGGUGAGAAAUUUUGUAUCACACAUUUUCUAUGGGAUAAUUUUUGUAGUUGACUGGAGCUCCCCGCAUUUCUUUGGGUGGACUCAGCCUUACAGAUUGAGAAGAGCCCGGGUUGAAUCCGUGAGCUGUGAGGGCAGUUGCCAGUUACACUAUGAGAGGCCUCAAUACCACUAAGGUAGAGAGUGUUCCCCAUGGAGAGAUACAGCAUGGAAACAGGCCCUUCGGCCCAUCGAGUCCAUCAACCACCCAUUUAAUCCUAUAUUACUCCCAUUUUUAUUCUCCCCCCUGAUUCUACCCUUCACCUACACCCUAGGGGUAAUUUACAGCAGCCAGUUAAUGGACCAACCUCCACACUUUUGGAAUAUGGGAGGAAACCGGAGCACCCGGGGGAAACCAACGCUGUCACAGGGAGAAGGUGCAAACUCCAUGCCGACAGCACCCAAGGUCGGGGUCGAACCCAGGUCUCUGGUGUGGUGAGGCAGCAGCUUCUACCCACUGCGCCACUAUGGCACCCUGCACCUAGUGAGGGAACUCAGUGUUGAUACCUACUGCAGUCCAAUUGAUGGUUGACACUCACGCCUUGGAUUGAGGGGGGUGUUCCAAGAUCGGUGACCAAGUAACGGAAGUGCCUUCAGUGGAUGGUGAGGUCUUAAGAAAGGGAGGGGACAGGAAACCAAAUUGUGACAGUGAGGCCAAGAAGCAAGACAGAAUACUCCCUGCUGCUGCUGAUGGGAUGGUGGGCAGGUGGGAGGGUGAUCGAGCACCCCAGGGAGGGGACUCUUCAGUGAAUCCGCGCCCCACCCCCCAACCUCCCCAACCCCCCACCCCAUGCAUACCUGGUCUUGGACGUACAGGGUUCCGUCUGAAAGUUGCACCUUUGAACUGUGCAGUUGUUUUAAGUGUGUGAUGUGCUGUGAUACUGCACCUGUCUACAGACACACAGGUGGUGGUACACAAUAAAGAAAGGGUUUCACAAAUU